UUAUCAGUCUUUUCAGUUACAAUGUUGAUAACAAACAAGAUUCAUCAAGAGUGCAUCUGCAAAACAAACUGCACAAGCAGGCGGUUCUGAAAAGUGGGGUAUGCUGUGCAAGACAUCUCUGGUCUUCAACAAAUACUAGAAUUUUCUAUGACAAAAGUUUCCUGCCAGAAAGAUGUUGAGAUCACAGUGGACUUUGACCUUGCUUCUUGCCUGUGGUUUUCGAGGGAUGUCAUAUACAGCACCUGUAAUGAAAAACACAGAGUCCGCUGGAGAUAAGCAAAGCCUUUCACUUCUCCAAAUCAUCUUGGGCUCUAGCAUCCUUAUAGAAGAGAAGGCCAAGCGGCCCUGGGAUGCACUUGAUAACCAAAUAGAGUUCAAAUCUGCACCUAUUAUUCAGUCUCGUAAAAAGCGUGGAAGUGAGGGCAAUGAUACUGGGGCAGACAACCAUACUAUAUAUACUCCAGAAAUAAAGGAAGUGACUGCAAAUGAAAUUACAAUAUCUCAAAAUGUGCCAAAGUCUGUUAACAAUAAUACAGAAAGUGCUCCAACUGCUUCCUCUGUGUUAACAUCAACAUCUGUCACAGAGAAAAUAUUUUCAGGAAAUGCUACCACUGCUAUGUAUUCUGCUUAUUCUGAAGUCCCUAGCAGCGUAAGUCAAGCUAAGACAACUAGCAGUUCUGAAAUUUCUGUUGGCUUGCCCACUAGUUCCUAUACAGAACUGCCUACAGCUUCAAGCAGCAACCUGUCUGCAGCUUUAACUAGUGAUGCAACUAACAUGAGUACUCAGCCGAAUGCUUCAGUCACCGGUCUAUGGCAGCAUGCAUCUGUUUCAGUGAUAACAACUAGCUCUACUAAAUUACUUGAUCAAACGACCUUUUUAACAUCUACUUCUGGAGGAAAUGCAACUAUUGUGUCUAUUGUAGAUCCUGUGAAACAGCCUGACUUAAACAAAAGCUUAACAACUGUUAACAUUAAAACAACAAAGGAGCCAGACAGCUCUAGACCUACAGUAACUACUACAAAGACCAUUUCUACAGAGUCAUCACUUUCGGGCAAGGAGUCUAGAACUACAAGCAAUCCUGGGAAAUCCGAGACCAUUGUGGGUCAGUGUUUGAUUGCCAUAGCAAUUCUUGCAGCUAUUGCCACAAUAUUCAUUAUCUGUACUAUUGUUUUAGCAGCAAAGUUGUCAACCAGCAAACAAAACUACCGGGUCAGCCAUCAGAACAAUACAGAGAUGGUGUGCAUAUCCACACUCCUGCCGGACAGCGAUGGGAUACCGAAAAGUAAAGUGAAGCCAAAGAGGCUGAAAACAUUCAACACAAAUUCUGAUGACAGUGAUGGGGAUGAUCUCACCUUAAAUAGCUUUUUACCAGAUCACUAGGGAACGGAGAGCAUUUUUAUACAGAAUUUUCUAAUUCCAGAUUUAAAAAAUCUAGCCUAAUUUCUGUUAUGAGUGGUUUCUGGAAUAAAGCCACAGCAGUGCCAAUCAGAUAUGAUGGUCAGCAGUAAAUUGAGAAGGUUCUGUACACCGAAAAUCUUCCAAAUGAGACCAGUUAUAAAUUAUGUAUACUGAACCGCCCUCUGAUAUAGAACAGUCAUCCAUUACACUGGGGCAAUGCCAGAUGCAUCUUUACUUAUGUGUCUUUUCUCAGGUUUGGCAGAUAAACAAGUUAGGAAAAAUAUGUAUAUAACAUAACUUAAGUGAUGACCAUUGGGCAUUAAAUUGCAUAAAAUUCAUUCCAUCAAAGUAUUGUCAGGUAAUGGUACAAGGUAGCACCUAAGUUACCCAGCAACAUCACAGUAAGUUAACGCAUUCUUGGUGGCACUGCCAUACAAUUGAAAAAUAAAAGAACAAGUGAAAAAGUGGAACUCUCUACUUGUUGAAAUGGAACUCACUUCCACUGAAUUUCUUCUUUUUGUGGACUCUUCUGGGAGGGCUGCUGCAUGUGCAGUCUAUUCUAAGUUUUGUUGCAGGCCUGCCUAAGUACAAAAGGAUGUUGGUAAAACAGUCCAACAUAUAUAUUCCACUGCCUGUUUCCAGUAAUUAAUAGCAUUCUGUCAUAUUACUGUAAAUAAGAAAUAGUCACCAUAAAGAAUAUGAAUAUCAAAAAAUGUAAAUAUAUGUACAGCUUAACUGUCCUUAAUUUUGCCUCAUAUUUGCCCUAUCCCUUGUAAAAAUUUCUGGUAACUCACUGUGUGCUCUGCUCAAGUCAAUAAUGCCAGACAUUAGAGUUUCUUAUUUCUUUUUCUUCAGAAAAUGCAUGUUGAUGCAAAAUAUGGUGUUCUAUUAAUUGAGUUAGAGUAAUAUUUAAAAGCAUCAUUCCUGAUUGUGUGAUUUUGCCCCCCAUUACUUUAGCAUUAUCUACAAUUCUUGAGAAAAUAAGUUGAGAAGUAUGAUAAUAUUGAAGGGGAAAUGUAAAAUAAAAUACUGGAAUGAUGCUAGUCUAGUAGAAUAUAUGGGGAAGAAGGGGACCCAGGAUCUGAUAGUGGGAAUAAACUUUUCUUAAGAUAUAAAGUAACACUUGUUUACAGAGUAAGUUACUGACUCUUGGUGUGCACUUUCAGAAUGGGUGACUGAAAUGGAGACCUCGGAGCCAUUCAAAUAAAAAAAAGCUUGGGACAAACCCACAAUGGCAAAAUGGGAUAAAAGACUGAUGCUAAGUUUUUAAGUAUUUUCUAUGGGCUGACCUUUUACUAUUAUGAGAAUGGUUCUGCUAUGAAAUGUUGACUUUCUGAAAG